AUGACUAGAAAAUCAACUAGAGGUGGAAGAAUUGGCCAUUUUGAGAUCUCAGGAUACAUGCAGCUCAAGUACAAUUACGGAUUUGGAUCCAUGUUAUAUGGUGGUAUGUUAGGUCUAUCCAUUCGUCGAGGUAUCCAAAAUGUCAAUAUGGAACGUGUACAACAAGCCUAUCGAGGUUUAUCCCAAUUAAACCCAAUGCUACGUCAAUACAUACAAGACAUAACAAAAGCUGAAAACGUAGUUCAAUACCACGCUCAAGCCAAUCAAUCAUUUGUACAAGUAAGACCAACAUGGCGAGACAACAUCCUCAUGCCAACAGAAGAAACCGCACCCAUGGCUGCCCAACUACCUAUAUACGAUUUACCAAUUGGCACUUUGGGCUCAGCUGGAAUUACAGUGGCUCAUCCAAGCUUAAUGGCCUUAUUGUUCCCUUGGUUAUUUAUCAAUGGAAAAGGGCAUUAUUCACUAGUCAGCAACGAAAACCAAAUCAUCAAAGAUAUCAAUGGUAAUAUCGUCCCAGAGGAACGAGGUGGUAUUGCAUCUGCAAGAAAAGAUCGAACUUUUGCCGCUUAUAUCAAACAGCAACUGCUUAACGUGGAUCGCAGAUUUGCUCGAGAUCCUGCCUUUCUGUUUUGGGCUUUGGACAUGAAACAAAAAUCAAACAUCCAUUCAGCCAAUCGUCAUACUAUUCGAACCAGUGGUAGAGAUUUAACCAAAUAUGACUUACUCGACACAGAAGGCAGAUACGAUUACACCAAGGUUACCAUUGUUCCCCACAACAUUUCAUCUAGCUACGCUUAUCACCGCAGACACUAUCUUGAUCUAAAAGCCAUGUGUGACAAUUUGGGUCCACCACAACUGUUUUUGACCUUUAGUUGCGAUGACAAAGCAACUUCGUUUCAAAAUGCAACAGGUCUCCGAGAUACUUGGCAAGAUCCCGUACUAUUUGCUUUACACUUUCAAAGAAAAUGGAACAAGUUUUUCCAAACUAUCAAAAAACAAUGGGCUGAACGCAUUGGAGGCAUUACAGACUGGUGCUAUGUCAUGGAAAUUCAAGACAGAGGCAGCCCACACAAACACAUGGUGUUAUGGACUAACAAAUCAGCUAAUGAACUGCUCGCUGAUGAAUCAAUUAUUUGUGCAAGAUUACCACCCAUGAAUUCACCAUUACAUAAAUUAGUCGCCAAACAUCAAAUCCAUCGUUGCGACAUCAACUCUUGCCAAAAGGGUGAACCUGGACGAAAUUGCAGAUUUGGGUUCCCAAAAUUACCUUCACCAAACGCCUACUUUGAUGAAAACGAUAGAGCCAUCUAUAAACGUUCCGUAAUUGACACCAACAUCAACCCUUACAACCCUUUCCUUCUUGCAAUGUUCGAAACCAAUAUUGAAGCAAAGCACGAAAACUUUAGACAACUUGUUAACCUGGAUGGUGAGAUGCAUAGACUUGUAGCAAUUGAUUAUCCAGCACAAAACCAAGCAGCAAAAACUGCAUUGAAUUUUGACACUAAUCUGCCUGAAAUGCUGUAUAUCAAAAAUAAUGCCAUGGUCAUGCUAGUCAAAAACUUAGAUGUUGCAAAAGGUUGGAACAACGGCACACUCUGCAUUAUCAAAGCAAUUUACAUGGACGCUAUUCAUGUAGAGCGCUUACAAACAGGAGCCAGCAAACUUAUUCAUCGUGUUCAAGAUUAUGUGCCCAACACCAUUUACACCAGACGCCAAUUUCCAAUUCGACCAGCAUAUGCCUCCACCAUUCAUAAAGUGCAGAGUCUGACAUUACCUCGUGUUGCUAUCAAUUUCGGUAACUUUCCUUAUCAUGGUCAACUAUAUGUAGCAAUGAGCCGUGUUCGCUCUGCAGAUGAUAUUUUCUUUACUGCAAUCGAACGUGGUAAUGUGGAGCGCUUAUUUCAGUUGUAUGCUAACUGCGAUGCCAUUCAAAUCAUAAAUGAGUUCACACCCAAUGAAUGA